ACAAAGAGUGCAAUUUUAACAACGUCUUUGUGUGCCUCUCGUAUGUUUCAUUACCAUGCAAGGUUUGGACAGUUCCGUGAUAAACAAAUAUUUAAGCGCAAGGGUCGAUCCUUUUGGGACAACAGCCUAGGACUGAAUGAAGAGCCGGCUAAAUAAUUAGUAAUACAAUGAAUUGUCUUCUAUGUGGGGAUUUAACUCUGUGGAGAUAUUGUAUGAACAGCAAAAAUUGGCCUCAUGUAAAAUAUUGUGUUGUAAAUGAAAACUACUAUUGAAACUUUCAAGGCACAGUUGGGUCUUUGUAAACAUUUCUCCUUUCUAUGCAAAACUACUUUUGUUAUCUGCUCAGUGAACGUCAAAACAAGGUCGUCUUGAAUGCAAAUGAGCCCUUGAAGAGAAGAGUGUUUUUUUAGAACCUCACAUCUUCUUGGCGCCGUUCUCUUCGUCGAAAACAAUCAGAUUUAGGAUCUCUCUUGAGCCACGAAUAACACUCAUUUUUGUUUUCGCGCAGUAGUCAAGUAUCAGAUAGUGCACCAGACAUGGUAUUUUCUUUCUCUAUUUGUUCCUUGUGAAUGAAUAAGUAAAACGUACUAGGAAAACACUUGUCCUUAACAAUCCUUCAUGCUAUGAAUUCACUCAAUCCAUGGGAGUUCCCGCCACCAGUAUUUUUCCCCAUUUACUCAUCUUACAAGACAUCGUGCUAGAUUAAUUAUUCAUCAACCUUCUCCAGUUUCUAUUGUUCUGUCGAACUCUUGCUCGUUAAAUUCAUGUGGGUAACCCAUUCUUCUAGGCGAUCAAUAAUUUAUACCCGUCAAGAUUCUUAUAAUGAAGCACUUCUGCGGGAGUUCAUUCAGGCGCUCUAUUGUUCGGAACGUGGUUCCUUUUUAUUCCAAGCAGGCGCAUAGACAAACGAGAGGUUUGGUCCACCUAUAAAAGCUGCUAUCACAGGUUGACCGCACUCGCACUGUUACACAACCCACUCCGUGGUGAAUUCGCGUCGAAGUUUUUGAAACUGUACCACUUGAAAACAGAUCAGCAGAAAUGACUAAGCCCAGUGAACACAUAAAACGGCCCAUGAAUGCAUACAUGGUUUGGUCGCGGAAGGAACGAAGACGCAUCGCAGAGGAAUGCCCUCGCAUGUUGAAUUCGGAAAUCAGUAAGCGUCUCGGACUUGAAUGGAAUGCACUCUCGCCUGAAUCCAAAGAUCCUUACGUGGUGGAGGCGAAACGACUGAGAGAACAACAUAAGAAGGACCAUCCCGAGUACAAAUACCAGCCUAAAAGAAAGCCAAAAUCUACGCCCAAGUUGAAAACGCAGAGCAUCAACCCUUACGGUUAUCAUGAGAUGAAUGGGAUGGGAUACCCACCUCCUUCUUCGCUUUGUAGCCCGAUGCCGCCUGGGCAUUUAAUGCCUUCAGGUCCAAUUUUUAGCAACUGUUCCGGAAACUGUACACUAGCGGAACCUCCCCCACCUUACCAUUUCGCGCCUCAUUAUCCGGUAAUGCAGACUGUGACUGAAAUGAAAGGACCUUGCUCGACGCAUUUACCGCUUGUUGGAAGAGAAAUCUCUUGCGGACCUCCUAUCGGUUACCCAAGUCACCAUCCAUCCAUGCCACACUCUAUGCAAGUUGGACAUGUGGUACACCAUCGAAGCGUUUUGCCCGAAUCAUCAUCUAUAGUUCACGCUCCAACCGCUAUCGACAGCAGAACUGGAAUUCCUAGGUCCUCUAUGGACUUCGUUAUGCUGAGACCGGAUGUCGGCUACUAGUAAGAAGUGACUGUUGUUUUUCUUAGAGAGAAUUUCAUAAAAUUUAUACAAAGAACAUUUCAACUAGUUGAGACGACAAUGUUUGUAUAUAAUGCACUGACCGAAAUCACGAGAUCAUAGAGCACAAAUCGUUUAUAAGGAUAGAACAUUUGCAAAGACGUGAAGAGAAUAAUAGUGAUUAUAUUUACUUUUCAUUCAAUUAAAAAGACACUUUGAACUUUGAGGCAGCUUUAACAUGUCUUUUUUAAGGUUUCGUGGCUGUAUUGAGGUCUUCACGAGUGUUAAUGUGUAUAUAUUGAAGAAAGAAUCUAAAUGAUCUCUCUUUUUGAAAUUUAUCCUAUUUCGGAGUGAGUCGGGUUGUACAGUUUAUAAGCUUAUUAGAGUGUUUAUUGAUACAAUAAAAAUAAUUUACCAACUGAAACUGUGGCCUUUCCUCGAGCCGUCGAGCGUGGGAAAUCUUGCUCCAAAGAGUUACAGGUAACUUGCCUGGCUCUGCGCGUUCCAAUAUUGCAGACAGAAAUCGUAAGACCACGCACAUAGAGCGGACCGCACGUUUAUCAAACGGGGUGAUUUUAGCAUGUACUCGAAUAGUAGAAAAUUAUAUCAUUUCACAAUGAAGUGUAAACUACCUUUCUCAUUGUAAGGGGACAAAACAUCCACACUUUGUUAUCUCAAAGAACGUGUUCGAUUCUACAUGGCAACCGAAGACAAAAGCCCCGUUGAUAACACAAGGGAUUACCUGUCAUGGCUUGCCACCAUACACUGCAUUGUUUCUUUUCUUUGAAUACGAAUGUUUAGAAAUGAAUUCAAAAUGAUAUAUGACCAAGGGCCUACCAUGAAUGCGAUUAUUUCACGCCAAGAUAAUUUGGCUUUAGUAAUUUUGGUGUUUUAAUCUUUUCUUUUGUUCGUAUUCUAUGGUUUCUAACAACUCAAUGGAAACUAAUCUUUUUUAGGCAGGCGGGCAAGUCUUUCAAAGAAUUGACUAUGCUAUCCCUUUUAUUCAAAAUCUGUAAACGCCAGUUGUUUAUAGAUUUUAAUUUGACAAGGAAGAUAUAUGGAUGUUUCAAUAAUGCGUGUAUCUAAUGCCACCGAUAGGGCAUACAAAUGGGCGGAAAAGCAAACUGUAUCGAAUACAACUUAAUGCAGUUUAUUAAUUAGGUUUUCAAUUCGGGUGCCAGUAGACUUUUGUCGCGGCUCUAUUUUAAAUACCAGUUUUAGAUCUGUCAGAAAAUGUCAUUGCCUUGUUCUGCUAUAUACCAUUAAGAGGUAGUAUCUUCAAUAGUUGAUGUCCUGAAGCGUAAAGUAGUGGAACACUAAUAAUCCACGUCUGUUGUCUUUGUAUUCGUGAAAUUGUCACUGCGCGCAGGAGUGUGGCAUAUGCGCUAUUUUUGCUAAGUCUUUCAGUCAUACAAAUAGGAAAAUUAAGUGCAAUUGUUUUCCAGCAUAUUGUCAAAAGAUUUACUUUGAAUAGCUUACGGGAAGCUAAACAGCUUAUGUUUGAAAUCACUAAGAUUUCUUUGUUGAAAUGUUAUAUCGUACCCAGCACGAUAUCUUAAAACAGUCUUUCAAACUAUUUAGUUGCCUCCCACAAGUUAAGGUCCCGAUCAACUCCCGUUGUUUCUUUUAUUCAAAACACAAGUUAAAAACACUUCAAGGAGAUAUAAGAACAUAAUUUUAACGCCAUUUAUUGCACCAGAUGCGUGUGUGUGUGUUUAUGUGUGCCAGUGUAUGUGUGGUUAUUUAACUAAGAGCGCUUUACUUCUCAAUAUUUUUCGAUCCACUUCCGUAUUCCGUGCGAUGACAUUCGCCAAGCAUAACUUUUAAAUUAUUUCGUUUGACUUUCUUGAAAACUAGGGCAAGUUCACGCGAGCGAAGAGUGUUGAUUUUACCUAUAUUUUUGAAACGAAAUUAAACUUAACCUAAAACUGUUCGCAUAAUUUAACACGUGGGCAGUGUUUUGUUCAGAUCUCAAGAUAUAGGUUUCUUCGCUCAAGAAAUGGGUUCCGUGAAGCGAAGAGAAUUGUAGAUAAACAUGCCAUUGUUUAAAAUCUCAGUAACUACAUUGGAACACGUUGUUUAGUUACAAUUCAAAAUCUGUUGACUGUGCUUUGUUUUGUUUGUUUUAAGAACAGUUGCAUAAAUGACCGCUUUGAAAAAAAGCUCUCCAGUUUAUUCAACUGGGUCUAUCACGAUCUUGUACCCGACGACUUCAAACAAGUCACUUAAGUAAAAUUCAUGACAGUUAAAAAAAUGGAGUAAACCACGCGUGAAUCCCUUUAAAGGGUCCACAAGGAAACCAAACACGUUAAAACAUAAAAACGUAAUAAGUUUGAUAAUUAUAUUUGAAAGAGUAGAGGCCGAUAUGUAUUCCCGUAACGCGCAUUUAAGGCCAAUUGGGUGAUUAUUACUCUGCUUGCAUGGCUACCUUGGUGGAGGUGGUCAUGGAAUUGACUAAGUCAAUUCAGCUAAUUAGAAAAUCGCAUUCGCUGAAGGUCUAACGAACAAAGGCCUUCAACAGGGGUUGCAGGUUGGUCAGUCACAAGCGACUGGUGGCGAAUAGAAACGAGAUGGAAAUUAUGGUUUAAGGAUGGAACUCUUUUGUAAGACUGGCAUCAAAGUUGUGGAAAAUGUGAUAUUAUUUGAUGUUCUUAGGAGUUAUGGUUUUGCCAAGUAAUUUGAAGUUGUCCAGGUGUGUGAUGGUAAAUUCUGACAGAGAAAGCCUCGUUGGUCACUGAGAAUAGUAAACGUUUCAAGAGCAUCCAUUAAUAAGAGUCGCCUCAUUGCGGGUAAGUAAACAAGUCGUUUAAGUUUACAUUCAGGUGAGUCAGAAGAACUUUGCAUGCCUCAUCUAAAAACAUAACAGUUGUUGAAAAAAGCAAUAAAAAAAAAAAAACGAUAAGAAGUUAUACAAAUAUACAGUUAAGUGGCUAAUGGAUUUUUUGGAAAACAAUUCUUAAGUCCCUCAGAACACAAGAUCAGUAUUCUGUUUCUAUUGUUAUUUUAAACUGAAUUAAACUCAAACAACGGGGAACGAGGAAGAUCCAAAACCUUGCCGCUUGAUUAGGCUCCAAUUUCAAUUUGAGAUUUAUAAGCUUAGUUAUAACAACCCUUUGAUGGGUGUUAUGAUUUCAGCAAGGCGCCACUUGUUUUCAUUCCUCUGAUAUUUUUUUUGCUAUCAAUCUUGAUCCAUCACGGCUGUACUUCAGUCUCUAUGUCAGCCUAAAAUUCCAUCGACGAUUAAAGCAAGGCUGCCUCGUCAAGUCAUGGUAAGUGAAUGACCUUUAUUACUUCGCGAUAUAUUGUUUGGUCCAAGGUUUAACCCAAGACUUUCAGUAGUUUGCUAGUUCAGAGUGAAAGUCACCAUCCUGUGGUUUGCUUGAGAAACUAAAAUAUCCAACUUGAAACGUGAUCUCAUUCUUUCUUGGCGGCCCAGUUCCAAGGGGCGUUCACUGUCCAUUCGGACAGGUACCAAGCGGAAAGUCCAUUAGCCUACGCAUUGUUGUCUUCAAUUUCAUUUCGCUGCCCACGAACAGAAGCAAGUCAUUAAAUAGUUGAGAGGAACAAAGAGCUGUCUGAGCAAAUCUUGCCUCAAUGUGCCAUUGAAAUUGCAUAAUAAAGCUCCCCGAACAUUUUUUAUGUCAACCGUUGUCGAGGAUUGUCGACUUGGGAUGUCAUGGUACUAAACCCCAAAAAAGAAAUAUGGACUUGAGAAUUUACUUGAAAACGACGAUUUAAAAUAUCUUUAACCUGUUUGAAGACUAAUAGAUGCCUGCCCAGACAUUCCAUGGUAUUGUAAGUUAUGCCUGCGAGACAGUUGCUGUUUAGCAGAGUAUGUAUCGCAUUUCAAGUUUUCUUCGAGUGAUAUAUUUAGAUGAUAAGCAGACGGGAAGUUCACGGAACUUUAACAAAAUACUGUACUUAUCACUAUUCAUGUAAUUAAGCCAUCCAGAUACAUUUGAAGCCUAACCAAUUUUGGGGAAUAUCAGAACGUUUUUCAUGGUUCUAUGAUCCUGGGCAAAAUAACAGCUGUAGUAGCAAACAUGGUGAGCACAUGGUCCAGUUCUCCACAUUUAGGGGACAUGGAAUAGUAAUUGUCAUGUGAAGCUCUUGCCUCCACCUGAAUAAAAUACCGGGUAUUAUUUAGGUCACGAUUUUAAUCUCAGCACUACGUAAUUAACCUAUUUUUGCUGAUAACGAAAGGCGCCAAAAAGAUCAGACUAAUCAUAAUAAAGGUAUGAGGAUGGAAAGAUCGCCGGAACGAACAAGUAACUCAACAAAGAAUGAAUUGACCCAAUCCGCCAUAGCGCCGUUUGCCUUCAAACUUCCACAGUUGCUAUGAAUUCUUUAGAUUCCAAAUCCAAGACCUUGAUGUCGCACGAGACGAAUAAUCAUGCUACGAGUUAAAGCUCAAGUAAGGAUUCGUUAUUCAAUUCAGCUUGAAUUCUCUGAUAACUUCAAUGAAGCAAGUGUCAGUGUUAACAGUUGAACCUGAAGACAAACACCUCCACUAGUAACUGCUUGAAGAAACUAAUCAGAACCAUAUCAAAUCAGCUAAUGCAUUUUCAAACAUCAUUCUCAGAAUUCCCAGAAGUCGAGAAAUGUAUAAAGUAGUUGGCAGUAAAGAACACUGCAAAGAAUACACUCAUAUAUUAUAUAGUAUUAUAUUAUCAUUUACUGAGAAAAUGAGUAUGACAAAUGCAUUACCGUAAUUCCAAUUCCCCGCCAUCGAUAUUUUCUCUUUCUGCUAAUUUGAGUGAGCUGAUGGUCUUCGCAAUAUAAAGUGCAAUACUAAAAGAGGAGGUCACAUCAACCCAAGCUGGUUCAGUCAUACAGUCAUGCAGGCCCAGGGGCAUUGGACUUUGCAAAAUUUUAGUCUUUCAGGAGGAUAAACAUUAGACUCCCCGAAGGAAAACCGUCAGAGCAAGGCAAGAACCAACAGUAAAUUCAACCUAUACAUAUGACGCAGGGGAACUGACCGGACGAUCGAAAUUGAACGCCCUGGCUCUCCAAACACAAACAUUGCAAGAUAUUGGAGUAUAUAUGAAGAUCCUGAAAUAUAAUUGAAAGUCAAUUCGAAGAAGAGUGUAAAAAAGGCUCAAUAUAAAGCUGAGCUAUCAAACCUGAACUGUGCUAAAGAAUCUACUUAACUUUGCAAAACAGUUUCGCGCAGUUCGCAUGUUGUCAUUUUUUCCAGCAUAUUGUUCAUCGAUAAACAGCUGCUUGCAAGGCGUUCAGAUGAGGAUGUGAGCCUCAACUCAUGGUUCUUGCCAAUUCAAGAGAUCUUUUUUCUGAGGUCCAUUAUAAUUUGAUUAUGCUGUUUUUGACAUCAGAUGCAACAGUCAACCAAGAGAAUAACCUACACUGGAAAACGAACCAUUCAACCUUUUAGGCUGUCAUAAGACAAUGCGACGCCAGUGGAAGUAAAUACAUAACCUAAUAGAUGCUAUCUAUUUCACAAUUUAGGCGUGUAGUUCUUUCUCGUUUAAGCCACAGUUUUUUUUUAGUUCGAUUGUGGUUUCAGUAGUUAGGUCACCGGUAGCAGCUGUCAGCCUGAGCCGUGUAGAAAAAUUUCUUCAGCUUUCCCUGUUCACUGUUUAUAUUACAUUCAUGCACCUUUCGCCCUUUCUUCUGUAGCUUGUCAGUAGGCCUCGUGUAAUCGUAUUGCCUAAGCGGAAAAGUUGCGGGCCAGAGAUCUGACUGGUUUCGUCAGAUCAAAAUAUAGAUUAUUACCUGUCAGCAGAAUUCGACUGACUCUCGCGGGAACCUUCAAUUACUUGCAUGAUUAUAGAAAAUAAACUCUCUCUAAUAAAACUUUAUGAUGGGAAGUUCAUAAAAUUCGCGAUUUUCAGCUUGCAAAUGGAGGUACAAGUUGCAAAGAUGCUCAUACAAGGAAGGAUAGCAACGCUGUUGUACUACGCUUGGGUCAUCGAUAUCCAUACAAACGGAGAUAGAGUGUAAAUUUAAUUUAUAAAGCGGUUAUAAUGAUCUCAAAUUAGUAGAGUGUAAGCCAGCAUUCGACCAGAUUCAGGCUAUGAAGACGAGCCGAUCUAGGGAACUUUUAGUGGCGUUGUAAUUUGUCACGUAUUUUCCUUAGGGUGAGGUCCAGCCGGUCACUCUGUUGUCUUAGAAUGAGCGGUUGUAAUAUGUACCAGGUGUGUUUUCUUACAAACUAAAACGCCAUAGAUGCUAGCCGUUCUACAGAUGUGUCAUUUUCUACAAUGGAUUCUGUCAGAGACCCUGACGACGUUAGGAAUUGAAAUUUCGAGACCCAUUAAAACAUUAGUAAUCUAACUAUAAAAUGGUGGCGAUGAUUCAGAACUGCACAUUCCCUUGCGUCAAAGUAAUCCGUUUUUUUUAUAGCAUUCUGAAUUUAUACUAUUUUCACAUGCUUAUCAGGAAAUAUCCGUAACGGUGGAGAAGUGGAAACUUAAAUUGCCUUGUAACUAAACAAUUAUGAAUAAAGGUGACGACAUUUUGAGAACAAACUUGGAAAAUGGUUUGAGGCAGCUUUACCUGAUACUUCAGCAAAACGAUUAAGUUCCGUUUCGGGGGGUUUUAACAGUGACACAGUACGCGUUCGAAGGUCUCUCCUCUAAACUGGCUGCGAUUAAAUUAGUAUUUGGUUUGGAUUUAUCCUUUUUGCUCUGUUCGGAGGAUUCGCAUAUGGAGCGGCCUAGGAACGAAAUAACAGGAACGAGAAAUUCUACGCACCGGGUGAACAACAGAUGCACACAGAUGUUUCUUAGUCUUUCGAUGAAGCCAGUGCCGAGAAGUCGAGAAGGAACAGCUGUUUUGGUUAAGCUAAGAAAGCACGUGUAAGGGGAAUUGCAACUGCUGUCACCUUUUUUUUUUUUGUUGUAUUUAACUUCUUCGAUCUGUCCCGGAGUCUCGCUGUGCAUGCUGUGUAGAAGCGGCUCUUGAAAUUCAAAGUCCCCGUUGUGGAUCUUUAACUCUGAUGAAUGAACACAGUGCGUGCUUGAACAGCCUUAGUCUCCUGAAUCUGGUAAAAAAAAAAAAAAAGCUGUUACACAGAUGUCUAACUCAGAAAUAAUUUGGAUAACGUAAACCUCCACAGGCGAGCAUUUCUCAUGUAUUUGACAAAGUGACCCAGCUAUGUUAAAAAAAGAAGAGGAAUGAAAUUUGUUACGUAACUGGAGUUGUUUAAGAAACGCCCUCGUUGUCUUUCAGGCGAAAAUGCAGAUUUCAAUUGUCAUUUGAUUGUUGUAAACGGUGUGCUUCUCUUUAUUUAAGAAAUGCUUCGAUGAAUCUGAGAUGAAUGGUGUCAACUAGUUUAUCUGUAACUGACUCAUUUUCCCAUCAGAUGUUGACUGCCCUAAAGCAAGGGAUUAGCUCUUCUUAAACCAGACAAAAUAUGUUGGAAAGAAUUAUGUUUAGCUGAACCUUUCGCUGAUAACAACAGAUCGAAUUAACUACUUUGCAUUUGAAAUACUUGAAGACUAGCCAAUUGCCUGCAUCGGCACUCGAAUGGAACCAUUGAGUUCGGUCCUGAACUUGGUCAUUUGACAGGUUGUAAGUAAAUAUGGAAUGUUAAAAGUUCUUGAAAUCCAUUAAUGGACUUUGUGAUAAAUGGCUUUCCCGUUCACAGGUAAUGAAUUUAUACGCUAAUUGAAAUAAUAUAAUGGACAUUUCACCCCGCAAGCCUUGUGAGGUUACUGCCUCCAUUGAUGUUAAGUAAACAAAUGGAACCUUUUGUUCUGUUACAAAGCACAUGGCAUAAACAAAAGACCAUAUUGUGAAUCACUUAAGAAGCGUUAUUCUCUCUGUUUCGAAGAGUCACCUGAUUUGAUAAGACAUUGUAUGGACAAUAACCACAGAUAGGGAACAUAAGAAUUCUAUAAAGGCUUUGUUGUUUCAGUCUUUUCGCCAUGAAUAGCGAGAUUUGCUUUAGCUCUUCACACAAAAGAAUAAAAGCUAUUUGUUCACAGAA